AUGUCACCGACUACCAAUAGCCAGGUCACCUCUCCCGGGAAACGACCUGGGCUAGCCCGCCGCUCUGUUUCAUCCCACGCGAUCGUGUCGACUCGCACGUCCCCAGCAAGCAAUGCGACCGAUGCAACCGAACCCCAGAAAACAACAGCAGCUGCUGGUCAUAAAACUCGCGCCCAUGUUGUGGGUGGUGGCCAUCGCGCUCAUGGACGUAACCCAUCAUUCGGCAAAAACCUGAAUAAACUACAGAGGCUGCAUACGGCCCAGAACAUGCAUUUAUUUACCGAGGGUACCACGACGAUCGGCACCGGUGCCCGCCAUCAUCAGCUCGAAAGUCCACGAACCUCAGGCUCCCACGUCCGCUGGGAGGGCGGAAACACGUCUCUAGGCGAACACAAAUCGCAUACUUCGACGAUACGAAAAAAUUACUCCACACCCGCCCUGCAUCGCAAUACGUCGACAGUUCUUCCGAAGAAAGCGCUCGUGACAGAUCGCCCGCAGUCAGCCAAAGGCCGUCCUAAGAAGUCAGUGGGGUUUGAGUUGGUUGGCGAUUCCGAUUCUGAAGAAGAGUGGGAAGAUAGUACCCAGUCACCGGAAAGCACCCGACGUGGCUCUGCUGUACCAUCUAGCAAAAACAGCGCAGAAAGCAGCCAAGUCCUGGUGGACCCGUUAACUUUUGUGAAGCGCUCAUACCCGCAAAUAUCGCAGUCGAGGAGUCUCCCCGAAUCUACGAUCAGUAGUCUUCCCAAACCCGUCGAGGACUCUGAUGAUGAAAGUGCAAACCAAGAUCAAGCGUCAUCAGCUUCUUCAGCUGAGCAGGAACGGGAGUCGCAGCACGAACAGCGAACUCAUGAAACAGAGGACAUAGCCAAUCGUCUAUUGAGCCAGUCUUUAAUAUCGAAAGCACCACCGGCGAUGUCGUCAAUUUCGGCCAUGGGUACUGCGACUGCAAUAGAUACUGCUCGACGAAACGAGUCUUUGACGUCUCUAACCAACCUUGCUUCUAGCCACGGCGGCCUGCGAGGACACGCACCUUCGGCACAAUCGUCUCAAGCGCAGUCUUCACUCCCUCAAGCUACUUCGUCUUCAAUAGAAGGUGGCGUGUCACGAUUUAUCGUCAACCCUCAAGCUGGAGCGCAUGCCACUUCACGAACAGACUCCGACCCUAAUACGCCGUCUUCCUUCCUCCCACAUUACCAUCCUCAAGCGCCCCCAACUCCGGAGCGCAGCACGGUGAAGAAAACAAAGGUCAUAUCUCCGCAACCUCGACCUCUUGGCGAUGGACCGCCAUCCAGAACCCAACAGAAACUAUGGCUUCAACGAACGGCGGCCUUGACUACGUCUCCUCCUGACUCUAAUGGAUCGCCUGCUCUUCCUCAGUCUACGAUCGAUCCUGUUUUCAUAGCCGCAUCGCAUUCUCGGAAUGGGCAAUAUGAUAACGGCCGAGGCGCUGUAAAUGGAAGCGCCCGAAUUGGCACAACACACGACGGUGAAGCCAAACAUACGCGUAAAGCUUAUGAAAAGACAUCACUGGAGUUACAUGUUGUGCAACGUUUUCAAAGCCCAGCAAAGAAUAGUUUCAUCCGACUACAGUGGCUAACAAAUACAAGCGGCAGACCGAACACAGCGUCAGAAUCUAGCUUCCUAGCAAAGAGUUCAAAAUCCGCUCCCUCUUUGACGACUGGCCAGUUCUUGAACGCUCUACCCAGCAGGCGAGCAAAAGCAAUAGCGGCGUCGUCUGGGGAUAACGACAGUAGUACAGAAUCAGCCGAGAACGUCAAUCGCCAUCGGAAAUCCAAGUCGGGACGAGUCUAUUUCCAAGAUCACGACGAUGUUGUUAAUAUCAGCGAUCCAUCAUCAGAUCCAGCAGUAGCGGUGGAACCUGGCAACGCUCAAGCAGGCAAUUCCGCGUCUACCAUAAAUACAGAUAAUAAGACAGUCACCGGUACAGAUCGUGAGGGCUACUUUGCUACUGAACAGGAAAUGCUUCUCCGUCGAAUGUGGGAAAGCAGAGGCGAAGCUGCCAGUCCGGGGUGAUUGAUAAUUCGAAUCAACAUGGUACAUACAUUAACCCUCACAUACACGCGUGACUCUGUAUGGACACUCGGGAGGAAUUCUCAUAUCACGUACACAUAAUUUUCUGGGGUUCUUCAGUUUCUUAACUGUACUCAAUCCGGCAUAUCCACCUCAUUCUUAUUUUUAGCCCACCAAGCUUUUUUCUUUUCUUUUUUGAUCAUCUUGGCAGCGAUUGUUUAUCCUUCAACAUUCUUAUACUCCCAGCUUAAUACGUACAUUCUGUUUCACUCUUCGGCUUUCGCAUCUUCAUACUGAAAGGAGGAUCCGAGAAACAACAUAUCUUCUUUAGAUGACGUCGAAUAUAUACACAUUCUUAUUUCA